AUCCACGUGACUGGCGGUCUGGAAAAGUUGCUGUGAGAACCUGCUACUGCUUUCCGUCGAGACAGCAGUUGUGGCGCGCUAGUAGUCCAGCUCUGUGGGAGUUUGAGGCGCUCUGUCUUUCUUUGAAAUACGACUGUUGAACGAAAUUAGGCUACUUCUAUGUCAAAAACGACAUGCUACCUUUUACUUUGAUUAGAUAACAGGAACGACUUUGCAAGUGAAAGUUCAUGGACUCACGGUGAUAUCCUUUGAGGCUUUGACGCUUGAACCACACGAGAAACAGUCGCCUGACAAGAAAGGAGAGCUGACAAACUCCUCUCCAUCUACCCUCUCUCUCUGCGACUCUCCCCCCUCCCCCAAGAUGAGUGCCAAGGCAGCCAUCAACAAGGCGGUGUUCACGCCCCACGAUGAGAAGAUGCUUGCAGCCGUGCAGGUGAAGAGGAGGACCAAGAAGAAGAUCCCCUUCCUAGCUACUGGAGGACAGGGAGACUACAUGACCUUCAUCUGCCUCUCAGUGACAAAUAAGAAGCCUUCCCAUGUGUCCAUCACCAAGGUGAAGCAGUUCCCAGGCUCAUCGUCCUUCGCCAAGAGGUCAAUGUGGACCAUCGACCAGCUGAGACAGGUCAACGGCUGUGACCCCAACAAAGACUGUCCAGAGUUUGACUUGGCAUUUGACAAUGCCUUUGACCAGUGGGUGGCUGGCUCGGCCGGCGAAAAGUGCACCUUUAUCCAGAUCCUCCACCACACCUGCCAGCGCUACAGCUCUCAGAGCAAGCCAGAAUUUGUCAACUGUCAGUCCAAACUGCUGGGAGACGAUGAAACUGUAGAUUCAGUCGUUUUCCGUUGCAAGGUCUUUUUGAACAGAAUGAGGAAAGAAGUUGUUUUAAACAGUCGACGCCAAGGUCGGCGGCUACUCUUAGAAGGUAACAGUAUACUCCACUCUGCAGCAGACAGUGUGACCAGUGCUGUACAGAAGGCCAGCCAGGCUCUUAACGAGCGAGGGGAGCGGUUAAGCCGGGCGGAGGAGAAAACAGGGGAGAUGAAGAACAGUGCUGAGCAGUUCUCAGUCACCGCACACAAGCUGGCCAUGAAGCACAAGUGUUAAACCAUUGCUAAGCCUUCGGGGGUAGGGGUCCGCCAAGAGCGCCAGACGCCAUUAGGGACGGAUUUCUGAUAUUAUUAUUCUUACAACUUUUAACAUGAUUACUCUUGUUAACAAUGGUAACAUUUACAUUUUGUGUUGUUGUGUAGCUACCUUGUUUCUAAUGAAGAAUAUAUGAUGAUGUGGAGGGGGAGAAAGAGAGGGGGGAGAGCUCAGACAGUUGAGAGCAAAGGUUUCACAGCUAACUCCUCUUUCACUGCCUCCAUUGCCCCCAAAGUACUCCAUGACUUUACCCUGGCAAAUCAUGGAAAUGGUCACUGCCAUCCCCAACCUAGACAAACACACACACACACACACACACACACACACACACACACACACACACACACUGUCCAGAUCUCCCUCCCAAAAGGAGCAACUCUUCAACUCAGCUGUCUCUUUCAAAGAAAUAACUUUAUAUAUACAGUGCUGGAAGAGGAGAAUUUAACAAGACAGAAGAGAUUAGAUGACGUGACACAUGCGUAUCACAUGAUGGCUAUUUCCUGUACUUGGAGACAACAAUGUACAUCCCUGUAUGUGAACAUUAACUUGUUAAAAAAUAUUACAUCUCUUUUGCCAUUUGACUAUUUGGCAUCAUACUGUUGUAAAGGCUCAUUGGUGCAUUCAUUCAUUGCAGACAUAAUAUUAGCCAAAUGUGUGAAGGACAUGUUGCUUCAAAAAACUCCUGCUGGAAGACUAUAUUUCAAUUAAAUGGUAUGAAAUGUGCUGUUUUGCAACAACAACAAAAAUCUGAGUGACCAAGUGUUCAAGUGCAUGGUCUGUCAAAAGGUUGAAUGAAACCUACAGAGUAAAAAUGAGCAUUUAGGCUUUACUUUUGGUAACAUUUCCAAAGGGUUAUUGAAGCGCUUGGUUGUAAGGACAAGAUCAGACUGUUUAUUGUAAGGUGAAAGACUACAGUACCAUUUGUAAAUUAGCUUCAACUGUUGUUAACAAGCUUAUAAACCUGUAAAUUCAUUCUACCACAAUCUCUGAAAAUAAUAUUUUCAUUCUAACCCUUUCGAUUCCAAACUUGGUCACAUCUUGUAAUUAUUGUUUCAUUGGGGUUUAUUACAUGUUUUCUGUAAAACAGCUGACACAUCUUCACUAGCCGCAUUGUACAGUAUUGGUGUCCAUUCACUGACUGUAUAACCGUGGCUUCAUCACAAACAAGUAACCACCCACAGUGUGGGUAUGUUUAUUACUUUUAGAUUUUAGAUUCUAUGUGUCUUGCUGUUACAGUGCACUGACAACCUUACCUUGCAGAGCACUGUUAAGUUCUUAAUGAAAUUCUCGUUGCCUCAACUUCUAGUCUGCUUUAGUCCUAACAUUUUGGAUAUUCAUUGUUUUUAAUAAAAAUAUUAUAACUAAUAUGUAUUAUGGUUAUGAAAGUGUUUUUGUUUUGCUAGUGGAAGCCCCUUAGUUGGUCUCUGAAUAAGUUAUUAUCCUUCACUUUUCAUAGGACCAGAUGAGGUCCCUAAACAACGUGCAAUGGUUCUAUAUUGGUGCCUUUUUAAACAGUCUUUCAUUAGUACUUCAACAGCAUGCGGUUUUACUUGAGCAGUCUGAUUGUGUUAUGACAACACUCAUGGUAACACAGGCGAACAGUGCCUUGCUAUAUUGAUAACCAAAGGGAGAAAGUAAAGUAUGUUUUGUACCAGGUUUGAAAGAGGGUGUUGCUUAAGAUGUAUGGUGCUUGUUGGAAGUGAAUUGUGUGAGGAAUACAGAAGGCCAUAGUAUGUAGAAAAGGCUGAAUAGGUAGUUAUUAUAGAAUGAAUAGGUAGUUAUUAUAGAAUGAAUAGGUAGUUAUUAUAGAAUGAAUAGGUAGUUAUUAUAGAAUGAAUAGGUAGUUAUUAUAGAAUGAAUAGGUAGUUAUUACAGAAUGAAUAGGUAGUUAUUACAGAAUGAAUAGGUAGUUAUUACAGAAGAUCUCAAUACUAGUCAAAUCUAAUACAGACAAACACCGUUAUUUUCAAUUAAACAUAACAGACCAAUACGUUUUAGUUUGAAUGUAACAUUGAGUUAUUUCAAAACAUCUGUCUCGUUGUCUAUAUCAGAUUGCAUACCAUCUAAAUAAACAGAAAUUGUCUCAAGUCUCUCUUUAAA